GUAACAAUUAACUCUUGAUCUUGUCCGAAUUAUUAGCUGCUGUCUUAUUCAGGUACGACAUGGCUCCACGUUUGCUUCAUGGGACGCUUCAUGCAACCAUAUUUGAGGCUGACAGAUUACAGGGAGGAUUCAGCCUUAGUCAUUUAUUCGGAACGACUGGCAAUCCCCAAAAGAAGACCAAGAGUUUCUUAUCACAAUUCAAGAGAUUCUUACUAUGCAGCCCUGAGAUUGUUGGUUCCAGAAUCUAUGCCACCAUCGACUUAGAAAGGGCGAGGGUCGGGAGGACUAGAGUGAUACAAAAUGAACCUUCUAAUCCGCGUUGGUCCGAGUAUUUUCACAUUUACUGUGCCCAUAAUGUUUCUAACAUUGUUUUCACUGUCAAAGAUGAUAAUCCUAUAGGAGCAACAUUAAUUGGUCGGGCAUAUUUACCCGUUGAGGAAUUGAUGAGUGGGCAUAUGGUGGAUAGAUGGAUUGAUAUCUUGGAUGAAGAUAGAAAUCCCAUCCAUGGAGGUUCAAAAAUCCAUGUAAAACUGCAGUUUUUCCAGGUUAUUCAAGAAAGUAGCUGGUCUCAAGGCAUCAGAAGUUCUGCAUUUGGUGGGGUGCCUUAUACUUUCUUCAAGCAGAGACAGGGAUGUAAAGUUUCACUCUAUCCUGAUGCCCACGUGCCCGAUGACAACAUCACGCAUUUUCUCAAGUCCGAGGGGUACUUUGAGCCUCAACGAUGCUGGGAAGACAUGUUUGAUGCGAUUAACAAUGCUAAACACUUGAUAUACAUAACGGGUUGGUCCGUUUACACUAAAAUCACAUUGAUAAGGGACCCAAAAAGGCCAAAGCCGGGAGGAGAUUCGAUUCUUGGGGAACUGCUCAAGAAGAAGGCUGAUGAAGGUGUAAAUGUUCUCAUGCUUGUGUGGGAUGACAGAACUUCGAUCCAGGAAUUCAAGAAGGAUGGCCUAAUGGCAACUCAUGAUCAAGAAACGAAAGCUUACUUUCAGAACACGAAGGUACGCUGCAUCUUGUGCCCUCGGAACCCUGAUAAUGGUACUAGCAUUUUCCAGGGAUUUCAGGUCUCAGCUAUGUUUACACACCAUCAAAAGACAGUUGUGGUUGACAGUGAAUCCCCUGGAGGCACAUCCGGAAAGAGAAGGAUAGUUAGUUUUGUUGGUGGAAUUGAUCUUUGCGAUGGACGAUACGACACGAGAGUUCACUCCCUUUUUAGGACACUGGACACAGUUCAUCAAGACGAUUUCCACCAACCAAACUUUCCAGGCUCUUCAAUCAAGAAAGGGGGCCCAAGGGAGCCCUGGCAUGAUAUUCACUGUCGGCUUGAAGGCCCUGUAGCUUGGGACGUGCUAUACAAUUUCGAGCAGAGGUGGAGGAAGCAGGUUGGAGAUCAGUAUCUUUAUUCACUUAGCGAUCUAGAUAGAUUCAUCGUUGGUCCAACAGAAGUCACCUCAUCAGAAGACCCUGUAACCUGGAACGUCCAGAUAUUUAGAUCAAUUGAUGGUGGAGCUGUUUCUGGUUUUCCGGAAAAACCAGAGGAAGCAGCAGAAGAAGGGCUUAUCAGCGGGAAGGAUAACAUAAUAGAUAGGAGCAUUCAAGACGCCUACAUCCAUGCCAUCCGCAGAGCCAAAAACUUUAUAUACAUUGAAAACCAGUAUUUUCUUGGGAGCUCAUUUGACUGGAAAAAGACAACGGAUAUCACGGUUGAGGACAUAAAUGCUCUUCAUACCAUACCAAAGGAGCUUUCUUUAAAGAUAGUCAGCAAGAUUUAUGCUGGGGAAAGAUUUACAGUCUACAUUGUGAUUCCCAUGUGGCCAGAAGGCAUACCUCAGGCUAUCUUAGAUUGGCAGAGGAGGACAAUCGAAAUGAUGUAUACAGAUAUUUAUAAUGCCAUAAAAGCCAAGGGACUGAGUAAUGUGGAUCCGAGAGAUUACUUAACGUUUUUCUGCCUUGGCAAUAGGGAAAUCAAGAGUCCAGGCGAAUACACCCCCCCGGAGAAACCUGAUCCUGAUACUGAUUAUAGCCGAGCUCAGCAAUCCAGGAGAUUCAUGAUAUACGUUCAUUCAAAAAUGAUGAUAGUGGAUGAUGAGUACAUAAUCAUUGGAUCAGCCAACAUCAACCAAAGAUCGAUGGAUGGGGGACGGGACUCUGAGAUUGCAAUGGGAGGAUUCCAGCCCCACCACCUGGCUAACAGCGGGGCACCAGCCAGGGGGCAGAUAUUUGGGCUCCGAAUGGCCUUAUGGUGUGAGCACCUUCUACGUGAGGAAGACGUGUUUCUUCAACCAGAAAGCCUUGAAUGCGUGCGAACUGUGAAUACAAUUGCUGAUGAAAACUGGAAAAUAUACUCAAGUGAAACGUUUAAAGAGGAUCUUCCAGGCCAUCUUCUUAGCUACCCCAUUCGCAUAUCUAACAAUGGUGAUAUCAGUGCACUUCCGGGGUUUGAAUUCUUUCCUGACACAAAAGCUCGAGUUCUUGGCACCAAAUCAAACAAUCUCCCCCCUAUCCUUACUACUUGAGAGAAAUGUGGUAUAGAACUCAAAAAUUGUUACUAUUAAAAGUGAACAAUGAAAUGUAAGAUAGAUUUCUUUAUAUUGAAUAGCACAUUAAGUGAUGUACAGUUAUAUAAA